AUGGCUCUGUUGCCUGGUUUUCUGGGUGCUUUGCUUCUGUCGUCUCUCGCUGUCCUUUGCAUGGUUGAAGGCACUGUCCAUUACUACGACUUUGUUUUGAAGGAGAAGAACUUUACAAGAUUAUGUAGCACCAAGAGCAUGCUGGUAGUGAACGAUAUGCUACCGGGGCCGACGAUUCGGGUGCAGAAAGGAGACACCGUCUACGUUAAUGUCCAAAACCAAGGAGAUUUCGACUUAACUAUCCACUGGCAUGGAGUGCAUCAACCAAGAAACCCAUGGUCUGACGGUCCUGAGUACAUCACGCAGUGUCCGAUCGAACCGGGAUCAAAUUUUACUUAUGAAGUUAUAUUUUCCGAUGAGGAAGGCACACUUUGGUGGCAUGCUCACAGUGAUUGGACCCGAAAUAGUGUAAAUGGUGCCAUUGUUGUUAUGCCUUUAAAUGAAACUGGCUUUCCAUUUCCUGAACCUGAUGGUGAAGAAAUUAUAGUUCUUGGAUCUUGGUAUUUUGAUGAUGUGAACGAGGUAGUCGCUGAGGCCCUUCAAGAUGGUACUGACACUCCUCGCUCUGAUUGCUAUACCAUCAAUUCACAACCUGGAGAUUUCUUCGCAUGCUCUAAUGACAGUACCCAUCGCUGGGAAGUCGAGUAUGGCAAGACCUAUCUUCUUCGAAUGGUCAAUGCAGUGAUGAAUGCAGAGCUCUACUUUGCUAUUGCUGAACACAAUCUUACUGUUGUUGGCAUGGAUGGAUCAUACGUCAAACCUAUCGUCACAAACUUUACCAUGAUUGCUCCUGGACAAACCAUGGACAUAUUGGUCACAGCCAACCAGUCACUUGGGAGGUACUACAUGGCUGCUAGACAAUAUGACAGUGUUAGGCCAGAUGUUACCGACUAUGACAUGUCCAAUGUGACUGCAAUUCUCGAGUAUAAAGGCAAUUACACACCCCCAGAACUGCCAAUUUUUCCAAGCACCCUCCCUACCUAUGAGGAUUUGUAUUCUGCAGCAGACUUCGCAAGCCGUAUAAAGAGCUUGGCAAGCACAGAGCACCCUAUAAAUGUCCCCCAGAAUAUAACUACCAGAAUGUAUAUAACGGCUGAGAUGAACAUGAUUACAUUUGACAAUGGUACGGGUGAGAUAACUGGUCUUGGUUCAAGUUUAAAUAAUGUUAGCUGGCAAGAUCCAUCAACCGAUGUCCUGCUUGCCUACUACAGGAACAUAAGUGGGUUUUAUACCUCAGACUUUCCGGAUUAUCCACCAACUUUUUUUGACUUUGUGGCCGAGGGUUUGCCUGAUAGUGUUGCUGCAACUGUCCGAGGAACAAAGGUCAGGGUGUUAGAGUACAAUGAAGAGGUGGAAGUAGUGUUUCAGGGUACUGAUGUAUUAGAUGCAUCAGAGGAUCAUCCAAUGCAUAUGCACGGUUAUAGCUAUUAUGUAGUUGGAACAGGUUUUGGAAAUUUUGACAACGAAACAGACCCCAAAACAUACAAUUUGGUUGAUCCACCAAAGAUGAACACUGUUACAGUCCCAAAGAAAGGAUGGGUUGCUAUCAGAUUCAAAGCAAGUAAUCCUGGUGUUUGGUUUUGGCACUGUCAUUUCGAUCGACAUCUCAGUUGGGGUAUGAACACUGUGAUGAUAGUGAAAGAUGGAGGCACCCCAGAGACGAGCAUGCGGAAACCACCUGCAUACAUGCCACCCUGCAGUGAUUCACAUACCAUUAGGCUGCAACCAUUUCAUCAUACAUCCAGCAGGAAAAGUAAAUAAAUUAUGGAUCUGAUACAACUGGAUAAGCUAUAUUGUAGUACAUGUCUAGUAUUUGAGUCUAAUAAAACCACACAAACGGACCGAUGAAACCAAUUUAUUUACAUCAAUAUUGGGUUGGCCUCAACCAUUGAUUUUGUAUAUUUAGAGCUGCACUAGGACUUGAAGCUUAGGCAUAUGUUCCAAGUAGUGAAAGAAUAUUAUGGUCAUCGAAGUGUU